UUGCCUUUCAAUCCCUUGGUUAAAUAGCUUCCCUCUAAUGGCUUUUGCGCUGGAAGCAGCACCUCCGAACUCCUGCGAGAAUCAGCUCCCCCAGCAUGAGAGCCGCCCCCCUCCUCGUGGCCAGGGCGGCGAGCCUUCACCUCAGCUUCUUCCUUCUGCUUUCCUUCUGGCUAGACAGAGGCGUGGGAGCUAAGGAGCUGAAGUUUGUGACAUUGGUGUUUAGGCAUGGAGACCGAAGUCCCAUUGAAACCUUUCCUAACGAUCCCAUUACGGAAUCCUCAUGGCCACAAGGAUUUGGCCAACUCACUCAGCUGGGCAUGGAGCAGCAUUAUGAACUUGGAAAGUAUAUAAGGAAAAGAUAUGGAAAAUUCUUGAAUGAGACCUAUAAGCGUGAACAGGUUUAUAUUCGAAGCACAGACGUUGACCGAACUUUGAUGAGCGCUAUGACAAACCUUGCAGCCCUGUUUCCCCCAGAGGGUAUCAGCAUCUGGAAUCCCAGCCUACCCUGGCAGCCCAUCCCGGUGCACACAGUCCCGUGUUCUGAAGAUCGGUUGCUAUACCUGCCUUUCAGGGACUGCCCUCGUUUUCAAGAACUUGACCGUGAGACUUUGAAUUCAGAGGAAUUCCAGAAGAGGCUGCAUCCUUAUAAGGAUUUUAUAGAAACCUUGCCAAAACUUUCAGGAUACCAUAGCCAGGACCUUUUUGGAAUUUGGAGUAAAGUCUAUGACCCCUUAUUUUGUGAGAGUGUUCACAAUUUCACUUUACCCUCCUGGGCCACGGAGGACACCAUGACUAAGUUGAGAGAAUUAUCAGAAUUGUCCCUUCUGUCCCUCUACGGAAUUCACAAGCAGAAAGAGAAAUCGAGACUGCAGGGGGGUGUCCUGGUUGGUGAAAUCCUCAAUCACAUGAAGAGUGCAACUCAGCCGUCCAACCACAGAAAACUUGUCAUGUAUUCUGCGCAUGACACUACUGUGAGUGGCCUGCAGAUGGCGCUAGAUGUUUACAAUGGAAUCCUUCCUCCCUAUGCUUCUUGCCACUUAAUGGAAUUGUACUUCGAGAAGGGGGAGUACUUCGUAGAGAUGCACUAUCGGAAUGAGACACAGCACGAGCCACAUCCUCUCACGUUGCCGGGCUGCACCCCGAGCUGUCCUCUGACAAAAUUUGCUGAGCUGGUUGCCCCUGUGAUCCCCCAAGACUGGUCCACGGAGUGUAUGACCACGAGCAACCACCAAGUUCUAAGGACCAUCCUUGCUGUUGCCUUUUGCCUGGUGUCUGGUGUCCUACUGGUGCUGCUGUUUACCCUCAUCCGCCACGGGCCCUGCUGGCAGAGAGAGUCCUAUCGGAACAUCUGAACAGACGGCUGAAUAAGGGCAGACAAGCCAGGCCAACUUCCUGUGAUGCGGCAUCUCUCAGUGAUGCAGAGUUCAAAGGACAGGCUUUCACCACAUGGGCAUCACUCUGCCCACACCUUUCCUUUUGAGCCUGCCUAGAGCAGAGACUGAGCUCACAGUGACCCGGGGACAGCUGCUGGACUGACUGAUGAAUGGACACGUAGGUUACUUAGUUAGGUCUCCUCCCCAUUGAACUCAUCGUAGUGUGGGCUUCUCAUUCGGAUAGAAAGAGGCUCUUCUGCAAAGGAUAGUUGUAUUCUCUGGCACAGAUGUCCAGAGAGAAAUAAGAAGUCAGCCUUUUACCUGCAAAGAGCAAACGGUUACAAGGUGUGACAAAGACAUAAAUUAAAGAAGACUGGAUAAUGAGGAAAAUUAGACUAGAAGUAGUAUUAUAUAGGAUGAUUCUUAAGAAAUAAGACCCAAUCAGAAAGUAUAAAUAAACCUUUUAUUUAGCU